AUGAACACCUCGGAUAUUCUUUGCGAUUCCGAAUUUGCAAAUUCGUCCAACUUUUCUUGUGUGAACCGAACCGUUCCAUCUUACAGCAUCAUUGACAUCGCGUCUUUCAUGCACGUCUUCCCCACUAUCUACGGCAUUUUGUGUUCAGUUGGAGUUCUGGCCAACGGUUUGGUGAUCUAUGCCGUGGCAUCAUGCAAGAAGAAGAUGGUCUCUGAUAUUUACGUGCUGAAUCUGGCCAUCGCAGACCUGCUUUUUCUGUUGGUGAUGCCGUUCAACAUCCAUCAACUGGUCCGGGACAGACAGUGGGUCUUUGGGCACUUCAUGUGUAAAGCUGUGGUGGUGGUGGACGUCAGUAACCAGUUUACCACAGUGGGCAUUGUGACAGUGCUCUGCAUUGACAGGUACGUCGCAAUUGUACAUCCUACAUCUGAAAAGAGGACCAUUCAGUGGACCAUCAUCAUUAACAUUUUGGUGUGGGUGGGCAGCUUCCUUCUGAGCAUCCCGGUCAUGAUAUACGCUAAAGUCAUCUCCAAAAAGAACAUGGACAUGUGUAUGAUUUACCUGGAUGGGCCUCAGGAUAUGUACUGGUACACACUCUACCAGUCCAUGCUGGGUUUCAUCGUCCCCCUCAUUAUAAUAAGCACAUUUUACACUCUCACUCUGUACCACGUGUUCCGCUCCAUCCGUCGGGUCAAACGCAAGCAGUCAGUGUGGGCCAAACGGGCCACUAAGACAGUUGUGAUGGUGAUCGCCCUGUUCUUGGUCUGCUGGUCUCCGUAUCAUGUCAUCCAGGUGAUUAACCUCAGCAUCCAGCAGCCCACCAGUGCCUUUGUGUACGCAUACAACAUCAGCAUCUGCCUAAGCUACUCUCACAGCUGCAUCAACCCCCUAAUGCUGCUGGUGUUCGCCCAAAACUAUCGUGAUCGCCUCUGCCAUCGCAAAGAGCUACGCUCCCAGAUCAGCUCAUCCAAGACCACCGUCAAAACCGACGGAGGGUCGAGCAUGAGCCCGGACACCAGCCACCGCUGUACCGUCAUCUAGCACCCGUCGAGCCUCUGGACAUACUAACUGAGGAAAAUGAAGAGAAAAGUUGAGGCCUGCACUGCAACACUUGCUGUACGAGUGCCAAUUGCACAGUAGCUUGUUUCUCAAAGGGGAAAACUGUGAAAUGAAACGCCACAGUGAACUUUCAGGAGGCAUGAAGGAGUGAAUCAGCACUAAACUGUGUUUGUGCUUUGUGUCACACUCUGGAAAAUGUAUUAUAAUAUCCUGUUACUGUUUUCAAUGUUAAUUUAUCUGUUAUUCGUUGUAUACUGUUACGGAGUGUCUAUUUACACUAAGUGCAAAUAGCCCGAGUUGUUGACAGAGGCUAUAUACACUAACUCUGCCCACCAACGUGUGAUUGGGAUAGUCAACUAUGCAAAAGACGGCUAGCAAACAACAGCUCCAGUGGCGUAGAUGGAGAAAUGUGUAUCGUAGUCUGUUUGACGUGAAUGACACGUGUUCGUAUCAGCCUUUUGCCAACCUCUUUCUUUUCCUUUUCAAUUUUCGUAUCAUAUCCAAAAGGCAUUUAUUUUCAAUAAAAAGGAAGGAAAUAAUCGAAAAGUUGAAAAUAAAGUAUCGAAUAGGGGUAGGGUAGGGCUUUAUUGUCCCAAUAAGGCGGAAUCCAUUUAAUCAUUCGAAUUAAAAUGAUAAUUUACACUUAAUAUGUUAUUAUCGCAUACCGUUUUAUAUUGUACAAUACUGAGGUGCGUAUAUUUGCUAUUGUCAAUAAAUAGUAUAAAUAGCAGAAAAUUCUGCGAUUUCUACAUAGUGUAAAUAUAAUUUAGUGCUAUUUGCACAGUGUAAAUAGCAUAUCGUUAAGAAAAUAUGCUAUUUUCAGUUAGUGUAAAUAGCAUCUAAUUGCUAUUUACACAGUGUAAAUAGAGUCCAUCACAAUUUUCACUUUGUGUAAAUAUCUAUUCCUAUUUGCACUUAUCGCUGUUUACACUUAGUGCAAAUAGCCGCUGCCAUACCGUCAAUGUACAGUAUCGGUUGUUUUGAAUGGUUCAUCCAAAAACCAAAUUUCUGUCAUCAUUUACAAACUGUCGUGUUAUUCUGUAUAAUUUAUUUUUAUUUAUUUUUUUUUUUGCCAUAAAACAGGUUGAAAUUGUUGUUGUUGUUUUUGUUUUGUUUUUUCAGGCAAUUACGGUGAACAAAGAUUUAAGCUUUCAAGCUUCAUGAAGACAAAAAAAUAUCAGUAUGUAAAAAGUAAAAGUGCAGCUUCUGUUGGGUAUUUCAAGCCUUGAAGUCAAACAAUAUAUAUAUUGUUCAUCCUUUGUGUGAGGAACAAACUAUAAUUCAGAUGUGCGUCACUUCCAGUGAACUGUUUUCCGCUAUAAGCAGAUCAUUUAAUCGGUGAACUGGAUUAGUUCAGUUUGUAAAUGAAUUUUUCAGAUUGAUUUAGUGAAUGAGUCAUUGAAACGAAUCAAAAUUAUCCAUGCACAAGAUUUGUUUUGCUAUCGUAUAACUUAAGCGCAUGAGUCAUACUGUACGUACCAUUUUGGGAUACCAUUAUGGUGCUUUUUUGAAGCAUUAAAGCUUUAGUGCUUGUUCAUUGAAAAUACAUGGCUGAGAAAUCAGUACAUUCUGCAAAAAAAAGUGUGCCUUUUGUGUUCCACAUGAGAAAGAAUUUCAAACAGGUUCAAAAUGACAUGAGAGUGAGUAAAUGAUGACAGCAUUUCCAUUGCUUAUUCUCUUUAAGGACAGUUUUUUGUAAUACAGUACUGGUGGCUUUUGUUUACAUUCUUAGGGAAUGAUAGACCAGAUCAGAAUUGUCUUUUAUGCAGAUGUCAAAAAAAAAAAAAAAUGUCUUUGUAAUAUGAAAUAAAAUGAUUGUUUUUGUGGGUAUGUAUUGUGUUGAAGAAAUUCACCAAUGAGUAAAAUGAGCAAAUAUGCUGAAAAAAAGACAGGCCUAACUGAUCGUAAAUUUGACAUUCCAUGGUAUUUUAAAUUUUACUCUCACAAAUGUGCAAAUAUUGGCUGAAUAUUCAAGUAUUUUACUAAAUAUAUUACAUUUAAACGUAUUGGUUUUAAAUGUCUCCAGAUGUUACUGGAUCCUUUGACAACAUAUGCUGUCAUGCAUGUCUGUUUAAUCUUGACUUAGGACAUUGUACAAGAUAUAAUAUCCGUGACUGUAUGCUUCUGAGCAUUUUAUUACAUGAAUUCACAAAGAUAUCCAGUGUGAAAUUCCCCGUGUUGUUCUGUUUUCCCAUUUUUUCUAAGAAGCCCCUGCGGCCCGUGUGAGAACAGUCAUGUUCACUGUUAACGUGUGACACUUAAAGUAUGUGUGACUAGUCACAUUUCAGUCUUACCACCCUCAAUCAACACACUAUGAUGCCUGGCAAAUAAACAAAGAAUUGCAUAUUAUAUCUUAUACAUUCUGGCACGCACUGACAAAUACUUUUCAGUAGGGAAGGUAAAGAGAAAAGGCGGAUGACAAUUUUUAGGUUAUUCAGGGAGAAGAACUGUAUAAUUCAUGGUCACCGAUUUAACAUAUACCUCCUGUUUCUUGUCUGUCCAUACUAUCCUGAAGGCUUUUGUUUUUAUGUGCUAUAAAUUUACAAAAUAAACUCUA